CUUCUUUCUCCUUUGCUGCUAUGUCUGUUGGCAAAGAUUAUGGGUUAUCCAUACGAUACAUUGAAGACAGAGCAGGAAUACCAUGGUUUGUUUGUGCUGGCAGGAUACGAGGCAAAGAAUAUUGAGCCAAGGGACAUUUCAGAACUUGUUUUUGCAUCGUUAAGUCAAUUUUUGGAGCACAGGAAGAAGACGUUGGAGAAUUUUGGUAGGGGACUAGGGAAGUUGAACGCCGCAAGAUGAUUGUUUGGGUGGUGGUCGCGGAGAGGGAUAGUUAGAGGAUUCAUUGUUGUUGGGGGGAAGUAAUUCCAGUCGUG